AUGCCCAAGCUGGCACCAACGGUCCCAGACCGUGCUCAAGUGGCUAAUCGGAGGGUUCUGCGCCCUAGGAGGACCAAGAACGGCAGCAGCGUUGGCACUGCUCCAAAGGUGUUCCAAGACAUUGUCCUCUCGAUCCCGGAGCUUGUCCAUUUAAUCACCAACCACCUGGCAAAACGCGAUCUCACGGUCCUCAUCCAUGUCAACCGUACCUGGAAUAGCAUUUGGGUCCCUUAUCUCUACGAAAAUCUAUUUUUUCCCCAGCACGAAUUAUUCAACGCCUAUCCAGAGAUCUGUAAAUACGAAGGUCAUGUCAAGCUCCUCUGUCUCUCGUACGCGAGAUGGGCCAGCGUCCGCCGCCUUCUCAACUUUACCGCCAACCUGCAAUCGCUUAGAAUCGGAUUCAGGCGGGUCUUGUACACUUCAUAUCUCGAGCAGAUCACGGAGAUGGCGCCACAGCUUCGAGUCCUGCAUAUCAUCCUGGAACAAGCCUUAUCACAGCCGUCGGGCCGUCAGAUGGCUCCUGUAGCGACUCUCAAGAACCUGAAAGACUUUUACUGGUGCGUCGAUGCCGACGUUCACAUUGACGUUAUUCUGUUGGCGCUCAGAGAUUGCCGUCAACUCAGAUCGUUGGUUCUGGAAAAGGCCACCAUAGUAGAGGAGCUCAAGGACGCCUGCACCGAGCAGGAGUCAGAGGAGGAGUCAGAAGAGGAGUCAGAAGAGGAGGAGGAGUGCACUGGGUUGAUCAGGGUGGAUGACGAAGGUUGGGUGAAUACAUCGCUUCGGUCGUUGACCUUGAGUGCUGUGAAAUGGCACUCUAAGAAUUCGAACACUACGCAUCCUCACUUUCGUCGUCUUUUCCAGCACCUUCCCAACCUCGACUACCUUGAACUCGAACAGAAGAGCAAUGUCAUCGCUCAGGACUGGAGUGAUAUCUUCGAGAAUCGAGCUACCCUGCGGAGAACCAUGCCAAAGUCCCCUGCUACGACCAUCGAUCUCGACCAUCGCACUGAAAGCAGCGUCAGAGACAACACCUCAGCGACGGGUAUGAUGGUGGCGGUGGUGCAUGCGGACCAGGCUCAUGCACAAUUGACACGUAUGCCUCGAUCAGUCCACGUAUCGCCAAGGAUAGCACACAGUCUGGUUACCUUUGACAUUGAAGGGUGUAUGGAAUUCAACAGCACCAGUGCCUCUAUACUUUUGGAGAACUGCAGGAUCUUGCGCAGAUUGAACCUGUUGGGCACAAUGGCCGGGACAAUCGAGCUCUUCAAGGGGAGUAAACCGUGGCCAUGCGCCAACUUGCUCGAGAAUUUGUGUAUGGAUAUCCAACCACUCGAAUAUCAACCUCUGCCGCCUUUAUGGCCCUGGCCUCCGCUCAGACUGUAUACGUUCGGAGAAAAGCAAUCAAUUCGGGGACGACUGUGUUCAUUCACAUCCCUAGUUGAUCUAAAGCUCCGGGGCGAAGCAUUAACGCUUGAUAUGAUCGAGAACUUUUCGUUCGCCAAACCUUCGUGUAAUGAGCCUAGAGUUUCCAAUGACCGCGGACAACAUCGAUACACUUCAAAAGGUGGCUCUCAUGUACGGCCAGGCUCUGUUCCCAAACUGGAUCGUGUCAACUAA